AUGAGCGGCGAGCUGCCAGGGGAGGCCGCGGACGGGGAUGGACACCAGGUGGUCGAAUCAGAUCCAAACAACCGCUACAGCAGGUAUGACGUCGUACUUGGCCGCGGCGCCUUCAAAACCGUGUACAAGGCAUUUGAUGAGGCUGAGGGUAUUGAGGUGGCAUGGAACCAGGUCAAAGUCAACGACAUGGUGACUUCGCCGCUCGAGCGCGAGCGGCUCUUUGCGGAGAUCCGGGUGCUCAAGCAACUCAAGCACAAGAACAUCAUGAGCUUUUACGACAGCUGGUUGGACACCAAAAACCUCACAGUGAACUUCAUCACAGAGCUCUUCACUUCAGGCACUCUGCGACAGUACCGCAAAAAGCACAAGAGGAUCGACGAGCAGGUGCUCAAGCGCUGGGCCUGGCAGAUACUGCAGGGCCUCGUGUACCUGCACGCACACGACCCGCCCAUCAUCCACAGGGACCUGAAGUGCGACAACAUCUUUGUCAACGGCACCAGUGGCGUGGUCAAGAUCGGCGACCUGGGGCUGGCGACGCUGUGGCGCGGGCUGACGACGCCGCAGAGCGUGCUGGGCACGCCCGAGUUCAUGGCGCCUGAGCUGUAUGAGGAGAAGUACAACGAGAAGGUGGACGUGUACAGCUUUGGCAUGUGCAUGCUGGAGCUGGCCACGAUGGAGUACCCCUAUGCAGAGUGCCGCAACGCGGCGCAGAUCUACAAGAAGGUCACGCAGCGCUAG